UCACUUCUUUCUUAACCCAAAAAUCAAAACACACUUCAUAAAAAUUCCCACUCUUUUCUUUCAGUCUGUGAAAAAACUCUCAAAUUUGGUACAAUAAUCAUGGCAGCAACCUCCGCAGCAGCACAGAUUAACAUCCUAGGAAACAACACCAACAAAAACAACAACUCUUUCCUAGGACAAAAACUCAGAAACAGCAACAACAGCAAUAACAGCAACAGAUUUUCUGUAUCAGUAAACUCUAACAGGAGAAAUGACAGACAGUCGAGGCGGUUCGGUAGUCUGAGAGUGGUGUGUGAGAAGGUGGUGGGGAUAGACCUAGGGACGACUAACUCCGCCGUGGCGGCCAUGGAAGGAGGGCAGCCUACCAUCAUAACCAAUGUUGAGGGGCAGAGAACUACGCCGUCGGUGGUGGCUUAUACUAAGGGUGGCGACCGCCUUGUCGGACAGAUUGCUAAGAGGCAGGCAGUGGUUAACCCGGAAAACACAUUCUUCUCUGUUAAGAGGUUUGUAGGGAGGAAAAUGGGGGAAGUGGAUGAGGAGUCUAAGCAAGUGUCUUAUAAGGUUGUGAAAGAUGAUAUUGGGAAUGUUAAGCUUGAGUGUCCUGCUAUUGGCAAGCUCUUUGCUCCUGAAGAGAUCUCUGCUCAGGUGUUGAGGAAGCUUGUGGAGGAUGCAUCGAGGUUUUUGAAUGACACUGUAAACAAGGCUGUGAUUACAGUGCCGGCUUAUUUCAAUGACUCUCAGAGAACUGCUACAAAGGAUGCUGGUAGAAUUGCUGGUCUGGAUGUUCUUCGGAUCAUCAAUGAACCUACUGCUGCUUCAUUAGCAUAUGGGUUCGAGAAGAAGAACAAUGAGACGAUUUUGGUGUUUGAUCUUGGAGGUGGUACUUUUGAUGUUUCAGUACUUGAGGUUGGGGAUGGAGUUUUUGAGGUGUUAUCUACAUCAGGAGAUACUCACUUGGGAGGUGAUGAUUUCGACAAGAGAAUUGUGGAUUGGCUAGCAGAAACUUUCAGGAACGACGAGGGCAUAGAUCUUCGGAAUGACAGGCAAGCUCUUCAACGUCUAACUGAAGCAGCGGAAAAGGCUAAGAUUGAGCUUUCAACUCUAACUCAGACUACCAUCAGCUUGCCUUUCAUUACUGCAACACAAGACGGCCCAAAACAUAUAGACACAACCCUCACAAGAGCAAAGUUCGAACAGAUAUGUUCGGACUUACUUGACAGAUUGAAGAUGCCCGUUGAAUCUGCUUUGAAGGAUGCACAGCUUUCGAUUAAGAACAUAGAUGAAGUUGUUCUUGUUGGUGGAUCAACAAGGAUACCAGCUGUACUUGAUGUUGUGAAGAAGAUGACUGGUAAAGAACCAAAUUGUACUGUCAACCCUGAUGAAGUAGUUGCCCUUGGUGCUGCUGUUCAGGCUGGUGUGUUGGCCGGAGAUGUUAGUGACAUAGUUUUACUGGACGUAACACCAUUGUCUCUGGGUUUGGAGACUCUUGGUGGUGUUAUGACAAAGAUCAUCCCAAGAAACACGACACUGCCUACUUCCAAAUCAGAAGUUUUCUCGACUGCUGCAGAUGGGCAGACUAGUGUAGAGAUAAAUGUUCUUCAAGGAGAAAGAGAGUUUGUGAGGGAUAACAAAUCACUCGGGAGUUUCCGGUUAGAUGGGAUUCCUCCAAGCCCGCGUGGAGUACCCCAAAUCGAAGUUAAGUUCGAUAUUGAUGCUAAUGGAAUUCUCUCUGUCACUGCUGUUGAUAAAGGAACUGGAAAGAAACAGGACAUUACCAUAACUGGUGCUAGCACUUUGCCUAAGGAUGAGGUGGAAAAAAUGGUUCAAGAGGCGGACAGGUUUGCAAAGGAGGAUAAGGAGAAGAGAGAAGCAAUCGACACCAAGAACCAAGCUGAUGCUGUAGUGUACCAAACUGAGAAACAGCUGAAGGAAUUAGGAGAAAAAAUCCCAGCUGAAGUGAAGGAGAAAGUUGAAGCGAAGCUAAAAGACUUGAAAGAUGUUAUGGAAGGUGGCAUUACUCAGAAGAUUAAGGAUGCCAUAGCUGCAGUUAACCAGGAAGCAAUGCAGAUAGGGCAAUCUUUAUACAGUCAACCUGGAGCUGCUGAGGCUGGUCCUACAGCUGGAACUGCUGCUGGUCCCGCAGAGCCUACUGGAACCAGUUCUGGUGAUAAUGGAGAUGUGAUAGAUGCUGAUUUUACUGAAAGUAAAUGAGGAAGUUAUAUGGCUAAGGGGUCUAUCCAUUCAGCUCGAUAUAUAAUAUUGCAAGUUUAUAGGUGUUCAUUCAUCUGCUAACUUAUGAGACGAAAAUAGGUGACAUCUUGGUUUACCAAUGAUGUGCACAAAAACAAAGGAGAUCUUGGAAUGAAUUGUAAAUGUUUCUCAAAGUGAUUCUUUUCUUGAGCUCUGUUAUACUAUAUGAGUAGAAUCAGGAAAUCUUGUAAAAAUUACUUUCCUAUGGAAUUCAGCGUAAAAUAGAGAUUCUAAUA